AUGGAAGCUUCAGUUUUCGCAAUUGAGAAAAUAAUCGGUCUCGCAAUCAGCAAUCACCUCUUCCUCACUUACUCCUCCGUUGAUUCUAGCACACUCUUGCUCCUAUGUGCUGCUAAUGUUAGUACUGAGAAACUCGCUCGCGCUGUCGUUCGUCAUGGUCUACACAAUUAUGUAUGUCACAACAUGGUUUCUAUUGUUGAUAAGAUUAGAGAGUUUGCUGAUGCGGUUGAUGGUGAGGAUGAUUGUGUUAUUGCUAUGUAUGGUGGAUUGGUGGAAGCUCCUAAGAUUCUUGCUGAUAUUAUGGAAUCUAUUGUUAUUGUUGUUUUUAUUGAUGUUGACUUCGACCUUACAAAAUUAUGGGUGGUAUGA